AUGGGUGCCUCAAAAGAGGAAUCUGCUAAGCAGAUGAUGAAGAACAAGAAUGUGGCUGGUGGUCAGCUCGCGCAGCUCUCGAAAGAUCCUCCCACCGGCUUCUACCGUGAUGGGUAUUGCAGAACUGGGCCUGAAGAUAAAGGAAACCAUUCAAUCGGAGCAACAGUUAAUCAAGAAUUCCUCGACUUUACCAAUUCGAAAGGCAAUAACCUGACAAAAGCGGGAGUCAAGGACGGGAUGAGGUGGUGCUUAUGUUCCACCAGAUGGCGAGAAGCUUUCGACGCAGCACAAAAGGGCACUUUGUCGAAGUCCGCGGUACCCAAAGUGCACCUCCAUGCUUCCCACGAAAGCGCCUUGAAAGAUGUCAAGUACAGUGACCUGAAGCAGUAUGCAGCUCAAGCAGAAGCACAGAACGAACUAGCGAAUCGAAAGCAAGGAUAUGAAAAUCCUGAGAAACCAGGAGGAGUGUCCAAGGACAGCAAGGAGAUCAGUGGUAAUUCUGAGACGACUGGAGGUGUAGGUGUAGACCUACCAAAAGGAAAAUAG